GGUCACAUUCAUGGCUAAAUCAGACAAACUUCCUUUAUUUCGAGUGCCCAAUCGACAAACGGAAUUCCACAAACCUUAUGAAAAAGGUGAGUUAUUGGAUAUUGAAAGAAAAGUGAAAGAUUCUGUGUCGAAGAUUCUCGAGAGAACGACGAUAGAAGACCCUAGUUUUGAGUUCAAGGAUGUGAUUCUAUCUGGAAGCAUGGCCGAAGGACUCAAAGUUCGUCAGCUUAACGAAUUUGACUUUCUUCUUGUUUUGAAUACGAAGUUCGAAGUAAAAGAAGAUGACACUUUACAGCCUGGGUUUGUGAACAUUAUUUCUGAAGAGAAACUUCAUCCCUUUUCGUUACGAAGAAAAUUUUAUCGAGCUUUGAUGAAAGCGUUACAAAACCUUGACCUCACCGACAAGGUCCUUGUAACUGUCAAAAUACAUGCAGUUUCGGUUAAACUGCGAAUUGUCGAUGACACGUUGUCCUGUUCGAAUAUAGAUGUCGACUUGGUACUCGCUCUUCAACCUCCUCUCUCAUUUUGGCCGAGGUGUUCAAAAACCUGGCAAGAAACAUCAAGUCAUAAUGGACUUCCGGCGGAAGUGAUAGAAGAGGUUAUAGCUAAUGGUGUGUAUUUUGUACCAAGGUACGAAUCAGGAAAACAAGAACCUCAAUGGCGAGUUUCAUUUUCUGUUGCUGAGAGUAUCAUUAUGAGGCGGUUGACAGAAGGUCAGAGAAGUGCGUUCAGAGUGAUGAAGGUGAUCUUAGAAAGACAAAAGAAAAAGAGCAUCGAAGACAAAGAAACAGGGAAUCUAAUUGAAAGCUUCGUUGAUAAAAUGACAACUACCUACCACAUUAAAACCAUUCUUCUUCACCUGAAUGAAGAUGCCUCGCUGUCUAAAUUAGAAGAAAGACAAUACUUGAUUUGUAUAUUGAAAGCGUUACUGCACUCUCUCAAGACCAUGCAUCUGACACACUACUUUAUUCCUGAUAUUAACCUUUAUUCUGGUUUGAAAGAAUUGCCUUCGGGUAAAUUAUGGUCUGGCUCGAGAGAGGAGAUGUACAGAUUUACUAUACAACAGUAUGAAGAUUUGCUAGAAAACCUGCCAGAGGAUUUGUCAGAACUUAAAAAUGAAGCAGUACUCGGGAAAGUAGCUAUAAGAUUGAAUGUUUUAACCUCUUGAGGAAUUGUUUAGGAAGUUCUUAGUCACUACGGUAGUUAGUCUAUACUUCGUUUUGUAAACACGCUUAGCACAACGUUUUUGAAACAAGAGAAACUUAAUCGGCACCGUAUCAAAAAGUCCGUAAGAAUAUUGACGUUACGGACGCGGUUAGUCAAUAAUUCUUAUUAACUUCUUGUAUUCAACACACCAACACAACCCCAACUAGUAACCACUAGUCAUUCUUAUUCACUUGUUGUAUUCAACACACCAACACAGUCCCAACUACUAACCACUAGUCGACGUUAUCAAUUUACUCGACUUUUUUUUACAUUUAUAAGUAUCUAACGAACCAUCACUCGUUGAAGUGAGGGUUAUAUACAUAUAAAAAAGUGAUAGAUCUUUGCUCUACUUGACUUCAGGGURGUCCGCACUUGAGAGGGACAUCAAGAGUACCAGAACGGGACAAAACAAUGGUCAAAACAAUGGUCCAAAAUAGGGACCCGAUUUUAUAAAUUAAGGUGGUGGGUACCGGUACAUACCCCCUCCCCCCUCAGAGACCUGUUCAAAUGCUCGAUACUGGGGCUCUGCGUAGUGGCAAUUUCUAUACACAAUUAUGUUUUUAGCAUACAUGUAGACAGACAGUCUAUUCAUUUCUGUGGUUUGGCUUUUAGUUUUGGAGAUGUUUGAAAACAAAAUCUAAGAUUUCACUUCCAGAGGUGGUGGGUACCGGGUAACACCACCCCUCCCCCCUAAAUCGGGUACCUUGAGAUGACAAUUGUUUUGCCCUCAUCCCAAGAACCUCUGGAGCCGAGAGGAGAUCACUUGUACAUUUUCGUAGACCGUGUUAAGUUAGUGCACUAAUCAAUACAUUGCCUGGCGUCAAGCCGAGAGAGGCUGUUACCUACCUUUUGAUUCGCAACUGGCAAAUAUGAGAGUACAGUUUUCUGUAUUUACGGUUCCCUCUUUAAAUAAAGUGUUUGUUAGAUCUGAAAA